CAUUCACCACCUCUAACCCCCAUCCUCAAUUGCAAUUAAGUCAGCAUGCUUAUUUUCCAAGACGUUAUCUCCGGAGACGAGUUAUUAUCAGAUGCCUAUGACAUCAAAGAAGUUGACGGUGUCAUCUAUGAAGCCGAUUGUCAAAUGAUCACUGUUGCCAAUGGUGAUGUUGAUAUUGGUGCCAACCCAUCUGCUGAAGAUGGUGAUGAAGAUUUAGAAGAUGGUGCUGAAACCGUUAACAAUGUUGUUUACUCUUUCAGAUUACAACAAACUUCUUUUGACAAGAAGUCUUUCUUAACUUAUAUUAAAGGUUACAUGAAGAGAAUUAAAGCUCAUUUAGCUGAAAAGAAUCCUGAAGCCGUUGAAGUUUUCGAAAAGGGUGCUACUGCCUACGUUAAGAAAGUCAUUGGAUCUUUCAAUGAUUGGGAUUUCUAUACCGGUGAAUCCAUGGACCCAGAUGCCAUGGUUGUUUUAUUAAACUACCGUGAAAAUGGUACUACUCCUUAUGUAGCUGUUUGGAAACAUGGUAUUGACGAAAACAAGAUCUAAGCUGCCUAACUAUUUAUGUUAUUGACUAAUUAGUCCAUGUAAUCUAUUGGAUAUAGUAAAUUUAUGUGAAUAUAAGUCUGUUUAUCUAAAA